GACGACAAUGUCGACGUGGCUGAGGAGGAACCGGUGUAGCUCGGAGGUUAGUGAGGAGGAACUGCUCAUCGUAGGCGGAGAGAAACGCCUAAUUGAAGCUCCCCCGCCGCCGCAGCCGCAACUCCACAGCUUUUGCCAAGCCUUCUACAACCAAUAAAUACACUAAUGAUUACCAUUUAUUACUCGUGAAUAAGCUAAUGGGAUGCGAUUUUGGCUUUACACAAAUGCGGAGUCCACCACAAACCGCAAUCAGAGGCGUUCUCUCAACUCUGUACGGAGUUCCCGCCAGGUGUUCGACGUUUUGCCUGAGUAAAAACCAUCUCCCGAAAUUGCUCGGCUCUUGUUCGUCAAUUUCGACUUCUGCUGCGAGAAUUGGGGAAAGGGUGGAUUGGAGAAGAAAACCGGAAAAGAUACGAUCUUUGUAUGUGGUAAAAGCGUCGAACGGGGAAAACAGGAUUAAAUGGUAUUCGGAAAAGCUGAGGGAUUGUGCGACUGGAAUGUGUUUUAGAGAAGGGAGGGCGAUUCAUGGCUGUAUUGUUCGAAGAGGGACUGAGCCUGAUGUGCAUCUCUGGGUUUCUUUGAUUAACUUCUAUGCAAAAUGUCGGGCGUUGGAGUGUUCGUGGCGUGUGUUUAAGAAAAUGCCGGUUAAAGACGUGGUGUCGUGGACUGCUCUGAUAUCGGGUUAUGUAGCUCGAGGGAAUGGGAUAAAGAGCGUCGAGUUGUUCUGUGAAAUGAGGAGGGAUGAUGUGAGGCCGAACGAGUUCACUUUGGCCACUGUCCUGAAGGGCUGCUCGCUGUCGUUGGAUUUGGAUUUUGGGAAGCAAGUGCACGCGGAGGUGGUUAAGGUUGGCCUUCUGUCGGAUGUUUACAUUGGCUCCUCUUUGAUUGACCUGUAUUCGAAAUGUGGGGAGCUGGAGUAUGCGGAUGGUGUUUUCUGUAUGAUGCCGGAGAAAAAUGAUUUCUUGUGGAGUGCUUUGCUUAAUGGUUAUGCACAGGUGGGAAAUGGAGAGGCGGUCUUAAGAUUGUUUUUGAAAAUGGAUGAGGCAGAAUUGAGGUUUAGUAACUUCACGUUAUCGAUUGUUUUGAAAGGGAUAGCUAGCUCCGGUGCUCUUAGAGCCGGUCAAGCGAUCCAUUCAAUGGCGAUCAAGGUUGGUGGUGAGCUUGAUGAUUUUGUUACAUGUAGUCUAGUUAAUAUGUACUCGAAAUGUGGAGUGGCUGAUGACGCCUUAAAAGUGUUUGGGAAGAUAAGCAAUCCUGAUAUAGUUGCGUGGAGCUCGAUUAUCAGUGUGCUUGAUAAUCAAGGUCUGAAGGAAGAAGCAGCCAAGUUGUUUCAACAGAUGACGGAAUCUGGGAUGAGGCCUAAUCAAUUCACCCUCUCAAGUAUUGCUAGUGCUGCUGCAAAUAUAGGUGACCUGCGCUAUGGUCGAAGCAUUCAUGGCUGUGCUUACAAAGUUGGGCUUGAAUCUGAUGAUUUGUUGAGUAAUGCGUUGAUUUCCAUGUACACGAAGCUUGGGUCAGUGUCAGACGGGUACUGUAUCUUCAAUAGAAUGACUAAUCGAGAUGUCAUUACUUGGAACGCCCUUUUGUCUGGAUUCCAUGAUGAUGAAACUUCUCAUGAAGGAAGCAAGAUUUUCAGACAGAUGCUUGUUGAUGGUUUUAGGCCCAAUAUGUAUACUUAUAUUAGCACUUUAAGGUCAUCUUCAAGCCUUUCGAAUGUUGAAGUUGGGAGACAAAUUCAUGCCCACAUAAUAAAAGACAAAUUCGACAGAGAUGGUUAUGUUGGGACUGCUCUGAUCGACAUGUAUGCCAAGUGUGGGUGGAUGCAGGAUGUGGAAGCCAUAUUUAACACGUUGAAUGAAAGAGAUGUAUUCACUUGGACAGUUAUGAUCUCAGGUUUCUCACAGACGAAUCAAGGAGAAAAGGCAGCUCGUUGUUUCAAUGAGAUGAGGAGAGAAGGUGUUGCUCCUAACGAGUUCACCGUUGCUAGCUGUUUGAGGGGUUGCUCCGGGAUUGCCAGCCUUGAGAGUGGACGACAGUUGCACUCAUUGGCGGUUAAAGCAGGGCUGUCUUCCGACAUCUUCGUAUCUAGCGCACUGGUUGACAUGUACGGGAAAUGUGGAUACAUCAAUGAUGCUGAAAUCCUGUUUGAUGGGAUGGAACUGCGCGAUACUGUAAUGUGGAACACAAUGAUAUGCGGAUAUGCUCAGCACGGAGAGGGCGAUAAGGCGCUUGAAGCAUUUAAUAGAAUGAUGAACGACAGACUGCUCCCUGAUGAAAUCACAUUUCUAGGUAUCCUUUGUGCCUGCAGCCACAUGGGAUUAGUUGAACAAGGAAAAAAAUAUUUUCACUCAAUGAGGGAAUCCUACGGCAUCUCUCCCAGUAUCGAGCACUAUGCUUGCUUGAUCGAUAUGCUUGGCCGAGCAGGCAAAUUCAGUGAGGUUGAACGCCUUAUCAAAGACAUGGAGCUAACUCCAAAUGCAUUGAUAUGGGAGAAUGUACUCGGUGCUUGCAGAAUCCAUGGAAAUGUGGAAUUGGGUGAAAAAGCUGCUGAGAAACUUUUCGAAAUGGAUCCUGAAACAGAUUCAAACUACGUUUUGCUAGCUAAUCUCUACGCUGCAAAAGGGAGGUGGGACGAUGCCUCUAGGGUACGAGCAUCCAUGUCUAGUAAAGGCGUGAAGAAGGAACCUGGUUGCAGCUGGGUCGAGGUUGAUGCUCAAGUUCAUGUCUUCCUAUCUCAGGAUGCAUCCCAUCCGAGGCUGUCGGAUAUCCAUCAGAAGUUGGAGGAGUUGGGAGACGCGGUGACUGAAGCAGGGUAUGCACCGGAUGCAAAGCACGCGCUUCACAAUGUUUCGGGCAAGGAAAGGGUGGAUAAUCUUUUGCAUCACAGUGAGAGGUUGGCUUUGGGGUUGGCUCUCAUAAACAAGGGCAGUGCUGCUGGGAAGAUCAGGAUUUUCAAGAACCUUCGUAUCUGUGGAGACUGUCAUGAGUUCAUCAAGUUUGUGUCGGGCACCAUGGACCUAGAGAUAGUAGUUCGUGAUAGAAACCGCUUCCACCACUUCCACGGCGGUGUGUGCUCGUGUAAAGAUUACUGGUGAUGCUGAUGUUGAACAACGUUCGGGCUCUAGCAACUGCAGUCAGUUGCAGUCAGUCGUCUUGUGCUCCAAGUCUUUGGCUCGGGAAAUUGCUCGUCACGAAAAGAGCAGUUAAGUAAGUUCAGAUUGUGAAGUGAUUCUAUGCAGUUUUGAGGGUAUCAAAUAGGAGUGCAACCCACAAUAGCCCGCCAAAUUUAUAGGGUUAGAGUUGAAAAUUCAUAGCCCGAUAAAAUUACAACCCGAUUAGCCUGCACCCGAUUAACUCGCAACAUGUUAGGGCCAGAUCCGAAAACCCGAUAAAAUUUCUAUUGUUCUAUUUAUUUGACUCAUAAUUCGUCACUUCAUUGAUUAUUUGUAUAA